GAGCUCCUGCGUCAGACUUUACGCACCAUGCGCCCUGUGUGACUGGAAGCUGAUUUCGCAUCUCUUUGCGCGCAGAGAUGUUGCAUACGGAGACAGUGCCUGAAUGAAGACACCCUGCACUCACUUUGGAUUCAUACUGACACGCUGACUCGGACCCUUCCGCCCUUUCUGCACACGACAUAAGAUUGAAGAAAACAGCACAACUUUAUUUUCCUGCUUCCUCCUGAUCUCUCUCCAGUCGGUCACCAGGCUCUCCUCUUCCUCCUCCGCCCUCAGCCUGAAGGAGCUCUGGUGUUGCAGCCAUGCCAAAGAACACCAAGGUGACGCAGCGGGAGCACAGCAAUGAGCCGGUCACUGAGUCUGUGGCUGACCUGCUGUCCCUGGAGCACCCCAUGGACUAUAAGAGCAGCCAGAUGAGUAUGGGUCUGAGUCCUGGCUCUACUGCUCCAGUUAAAGCUCUGAUACCGUCCCCUGACCCAGACGCCGAGGACGGCCGACCAGCCUGGAACAACAAGCUGGAGUACAUCCUGGCCCAGGUGGGCUUCUCUGUGGGCCUGGGUAACGUCUGGAGGUUCCCCUACCUGUGCCAGAAGAACGGUGGAGGUGCGUACCUGGUGCCCUACUUUAUUCUCCUCCUGCUCAUCGGCAUCCCCCUGUUCUUCCUGGAGCUGGCGGUGGGUCAGAGGAUCAGGCGUGGCAGCAUCGGGGUGUGGAACUAUGUCUACCCACAACUGGGAGGCAUCGGGGUUUCCAGUCUGAUGGUUUGUGGCUUUGUGGGCCUCUACUAUAAUGUGAUUAUCGGCUGGAGCAUCUUCUAUUUCUUCCAGUCUUUUCAGUAUCCACUGCCUUGGGCUGAAUGCCCCAUCCAGAGAAAUGGAACCCAAGCCAUUGUGGAGCCAGAGUGUGAGAAGAGCUCAGCCACCACCUACUUCUGGUACCGCCAGACUCUCAACAUCACCAGCUCCAUCGACGACACCGGCGGCCUGAACUGGAAGAUGACCCUGUCCCUGUUGGUGGCUUGGAUCUUGGUCUGCCUGGCUGUCAUCAAGGGCAUCCAGUCCUCUGGGAAGGUGAUGUACUUCAGCUCUCUCUUCCCGUAUGUGGUGCUCUUCUGUUUCCUGGUGCGAGGUCUGAUGCUGAAGGGAGCGGUGGACGGCAUCGCUCACAUGUUCACCCCUAAGCUGGAAAAGAUGUUGGAGCCACAGGUGUGGAGAGAAGCAGCCACGCAGGUCUUCUUCGCUCUCGGUCUGGGCUUCGGAGGCGUCAUCGCUUUCUCCAGCUACAACAAGCGAGACAACAACUGCCACUUUGAUGCAGCGCUCGUCUCCAUUAUCAACUUUGUUACCUCCAUCCUCGCCACUUUAGUUGUGUUUGCUGUUCUGGGGUUCAAGGCGAACGUCAUGAACGAGAAGUGUGUUGUCGAGAAUGCAGAGAAGAUUCUGGGCUUUCUAAACACAGGUGUGCUGAGCAAAGAGCUCAUCCCUCCUCACAUCAACUUCUCCCACCUGUCCGCCCAGGACUACGCAGACAUGUACGGCAUCAUUAAGGCGUUGAAGGAGGACGCCUUCGACCAGCUGGGUCUGGAUGCCUGUGUGCUGGAGGACGAACUCAACAAGGCGGUUCAGGGCACUGGCCUGGCAUUCAUCGCCUUCACAGAGGCAAUGACACAUUUCCCCGCCAGUCCCUUCUGGUCGGUCAUGUUCUUCUUCAUGCUGAUCAACUUGGGUCUGGGAAGCAUGAUCGGCACAAUGACUGGCAUCACCACACCCAUCCUGGAUGCUUUCAAGAUCCGCAAAGAGAUCCUGUGUGUGGUCUGCUGUAUCAUAGCCUUCCUGUUAGGCCUGCUGUUUGUGCAGCGCUCGGGGAACUACUUUGUCACAAUGUUUGAUGACUACUCAGCUGGUUUGCCUCUCACUGUGGUGGUGAUCCUGGAGAACGUCUCUGUCGCCUGGAUCUACGGCACUAAGAGGUUUAUGCAGGACCUGGAGGACAUGCUUGGUUUCAGGCCGUACUCUUUCUAUUACUACAUGUGGAGGUACGUGUCGCCGGCCGUCCUGGUGGUGCUCAUCAUCGCCACUGUCAUCGAGAUGGCCGUCAGUCCUGCAGGAUACAACGCCUGGGUGGAGGCUGAGGGCGCAGAGAGCUUCCACAGCUACCCUCCCUGGGCUUUAGCCAUGGCUUACUCCCUCAUUGUAGUGGCCAUGCUGCCUUUACCCCUCGUCUUCAUCGCCCGCCACUUCAACCUGAUCUCAGAUGGCUCCAAUAAGCUGUCCGUCUCCUACCGUAAAGGCAUGAUGAAGGACAUUUCUAACCUGGAAGAGCAGGACGAGCAGCGUUUCAUCCUCAGCAAGAACCCCAGCGAGGCUCCUUCCCCAAUGCCCGCCCACCGCGCUUACCUGGGCCCCGGUGGCGCCCACGAGAUGACCAACACCAACUACGGCACCAGCACCAAGACGGGCUACCAGAACAUCGGCUCGCCUGAAUCUGAGCUAUGAUCACUGAGCUCAUAGAUCCUCCCGUCCGUUAUAUCCCGGCCCUGCUUGGUGAGAGGGAGACAGAGGAAGAAAGGGAGGAACAGAGGAGGUCAAGGAGAGGAAAUCUACUGCCAGUCGUUGCAGCGUUCAUCACACCUUAACCCCCAGAGCUGAGUCACUCUAUCCCCCCUUUUCUGCCCCUACGCUCCUCGCAUACGGUUCUUCCCUUCUUCCCUGCUGUAGGAUCUGUGCUGCCAAUCCCAGCUGUAAUAAAGGGAUCAUGGGAAUAUGAGUCCCACCAGAUAUGUCGACCUUUUCCAUGUGUCAGCGUAUUACAAGGGCAGAGAAAGGAAUGAAGCUUAGAAAGGUCCACUGAGGGCUUAGAUACAGGCUUUGUUUAUGAUAAGCUCUGGCUGAGGUUAAGGUGUGUGCAAGGCUGAAAUGCUUUACUGAAUCGUGUGUUUACCAGUUUGGAGAAGGUUCUUUUUGAGACGGCUGGAUGUUCCUAGAUCUUUGAGAUCAUCAUCUCAUUCUGGUUCAGUUGUGGAGGAUUGUUAUGUGUGGGGACAGGAUGGAAGGAGAGUCAGAUAAAAAAACAUAUUUUCAUGAUCUGUAUCAAUGUAUGAGAACAUUUCUCAUCUAGAAAAACAAAAUGAUUAGAAAUGCAUCCAUAACAGUAUGUACCAAGUGAUUCUGAUAGUGUAAACAGUGUUACAAACACACAAACACAUCUUUAUUGUGCCUAUCAUGCGUCAGCAAUAAUAACCAGUCAAAGUAGGGUCCUUGUAAAACUGUGGUUCUCCUUCUAUCCCUACUUUCCCCACUGAUGUAGAAUACUGUACAUACGUGUUGUGCAAUCGUCUGAGAUGUCACCGUAAAUCGUGUAU